CUCUUCCAGGAGACACUCCAGACAUACAACUUCACCAACAUCCGAUACGCCCAACCACCGACGGGCAAUCUACGUUUCGCGAAACCUCAAUCACCAGUCGGCAGGAAUCCCAUCGUUCAAAAUGGAACCCAGCCUGUCGUGUGUCCACAGGCAGGACCAGUCUGGAAUGCACUGACUUACGAAUACGCCGAAGCGUACUCACAAGGCAAUGCAUCUCUGCUCUCGUACGAGGCAGGCAAAACACUUGCGACCGUCACCCCAGACGUGCCUCUAAAUCUUCUCAAGGCCUCAUUUCCACCUGGCAUGACAGAAGAUUGUUUAUUCCUUGAUGUCGUCGUUCCACAGAAGAUAUUCGAAGGGAAUGUCUCAGACUACAGCAAUGGAGGAGCAGACGUCGUCAUCUACAUCCACGGUGGUGCAUAUUCGCUUGGCGACAAAGCGGUGGUUGGAGCGACCUUGAAGCCCGACUCCUUCCUUCUCCGAGCCUACGAGAAACAAUCUCCUGGCUUCAUCUGGGUAUCCGUCAACUACCGCCUAGGCGCCCUCGGCUUCCUCGCCGGACCCACGCUCCAGGCCAGCGGUGGAGUUUCUAACGCCGGGUUUUAUGAUCAGCGCCUCGCAAUCGACUGGGUAUACGACAACAUCGACAAGUUUGGUGGAGAUCCUGAGAAGAUCACCUUGAUCGGAGAGUCCGCCGGCGGCGGGAGCAUCUUCCACCAGAUCACCGCUCAAGACGGCCAGAGCGAUGCCAAAUUCAAGAAAGCCAUCCCUCUCUAUUCCGGAUUCGUACCUCAGCCAUCUCGUCAAAUACAAGAGGAUCGUACCCAAGAAUUCCUCCACAGAUUGGGUACCAACUCAAUCGAAGGAGCACGCAAAGCUUCCUCCGCCGCUGUCAUGGAAGCGCAGCUAAGACAAAUCGGCCUAGCAAAACCCGGCGUCUUCGCCUUUGGGCCCGCCGUCGACGGCGACCUCUGGCCUGAACUGCCCGGCGAACUCCUCCUCGCCUCCCGCGGCAAGAACAUCUCCGUCCUAACAUCCUACAACAAAAACGACGGCAACGCUUUCACACCUCCCGACUUGACCUCCGACACCGGAUUCGCCGAACUCAUCAGACGUCUCGAACCACAACUCCAAACCUCAAACGUCAACAAGAUCGUCAAUGAGCUCUACCCCGCCGCCUACAACGGCACCUACCCGUACACCACUCCCUACGAACGCCUCUCCCGCUUCGUCCGCGACUUCGGCUUUUCCUGCAACGCAUACUACCUCGGCAAACAACCCGACGCUCCGACCUUCGUCUACGAGUGGGCGGUACCACCAGCUCUACACGGCUCCGACGCGCCGAGCAUGGAGUACACCGGCAAUGUGGAUGCGGCAGGUGCACCGAAAUGGAGUCGCGAAUUGCAGGAGUACCUAGUGAACUUCAUUUUGCAUGGCGAUCCGAAUGGAGAUGGACUUCCCACCUGGCCGGAUCGAAGGGGUGGAGCGUUUACGAAUGUGUUUAAUGAGGAGAAGAUUGGGGCGCAGCGCGUGGAUGGGUUUGAGGUGGAGGUUUGUGAGUUCUUUCAGGAGAGGGUGUAUGAUGGGUCGUCUUGA